AUGGGGAACACUCGUUCUUCACGGCCGUCUGGAACGGCUAAUAGGGAGAGGAUAGAAGAAGACGAUCAUAUCUCGGAAUAUGGAUCCGAUCUGGAUGAGACUUCCGGUGAAAUUAGACAUCGAGCGAGAAAGUCUGAGGAACGCUCCCGUACGGCACCAAGAAACGGUGCUGCUAAUGGCCUAAAACGCCAAAUCCCCGAAUGGUCAGAAUCUAGUGACCGAAACGACAAUAACUAUGAGGAAGGCGAGGAAUAUGAGCACUUGCUAGAUCCCAACCUCCCAGACGAAGAGACUAUUGAGUUACAUCGAAUGGAUUCCGGGAGUCUAGCAUCGUUCGAUGAUGAAACUGCUUCCAAAGCAGGCGAAGAAAACUCACCGUAUGAAGAGGUCCGGGCUGCAGUACGCAACUAUGAUGAAGAUCUUCCAUGUAACACUCUUCGAGCCUGGUCAAUUGGGUUAGCCUUGGUUCUUGUUGGUGCAUCAAUGAAUACCCUCUUUUCAUUGAGACAGCCCUCAAUCGGCCUAGGUGCUCUCAUCGCCCAAAUCAUCGCCUGGCCACUUGGUCGUGCUUGGGAGAAAGUCGUGCCUGACCGCCAGAUUAGGAUAUUUGGUCUGGGAUGUGACUUAAACCCGGGACCUUUCAACAUAAAAGAGCACUCUAUUAUCGUUGUUAUGGCUUCCGUAUCAUUCUCUGUAGCCUAUGCUACUGAUAUCAUACUUGCGCAGCUAGUAUUCUACAAGCAAAAUUUCGGCAUAAUAUUUCAACUUGUCUUGACCAUCUCGACACAAUCUCUCGGGUAUGGGAUUGCGGGCAUGAUGCGAAAAUUUCUAGUGUAUCCUGCCUCCAUGAUCUGGCCUGGUAAUUUAGUCGCCGUUGCUCUAAUGAAUGCGAUGUAUGAGAAACACCAAGCACCUGACCCAUCUAUCAUUGGCGGGCGUAUGCCAAGAUAUAGAUGGUUUGGUAUUAUAACUUUCGUCUCUGCCCUAUACUACUUUAUUCCUGGAUACUUUGCCCAAUUCUUGAGUGUCUUCGCUUUCGCAACGUGGAUGGCCCCUCAGAAUCCAAUUGUAAAUCAAUUGUUCGGUGGCACGACUGGCCUGUCUCUGCUACCGAUUACUUUUGACUGGACGCAGAUAUCAGGAUACAUAGGUUCGCCCCUGACCUUCCCAUGGCAUGCCAUUGCAAAUACUACGAUAGGCGUCGUCCUAUUUUAUAUUAUACUCUCUACACUUUUCCAUUACACUGGCGUAUGGUAUGCUCCGUUCUUACCAAUGAGCGACUCUUCUACCUAUGACAAUACCGGCGCCACAUAUAACGUGUCAAGGAUAUUGACUUCCCAGUUCACCUUAGAUGAAGAAGCCUACAAGGCUUAUUCACCAAUCUUCAUCAGCACCACUUUUGCAUUGUCUUACGGGCUGUCUUUUGCGGCCAUCACUGCCUUGAUAGUAUAUACCUAUCUACAUCAUAGCAGAGCUAUCUGGGAUCAAUACAGGAACAGCACUAGUGAGAAACCUGACAUACAUAUGAAGCUCAUGCAGAAGUACAAGGAAGCACCUUCGUGGUGGUAUUUUUCCCUGUUCGCGAUUGUGCUGGCAUUAGCCUUUGUUUCAGUCUUAGCAUAUCCGACCAAUCUAACUUGGUGGGCUUUCUUACUCGCCGUGGGAAUCUCUUUCACUUUUUCACUCCCAAUUGGCAUUAUACAAGCUGUCACGAACCACCAGAUUGGGCUCAAUGUCUUAACCGAGUUCGUAUACGGUUACAUUCAGCCUGGACGACCUUUGGCUCUUAUGCUAUUUAAAACAUACGGUUAUAUCACAAUGGCACAAGCUUUGAGCUUCGUCUCCGAUCUGAAAUUUGGUCAUUACAUGAAAAUUCCUCCGCGAACUAUGUUUAUGGCUCAGGUCGUCGCGACAACAUUUUCGUGCUUCAUCCAGAUCGCAGUCCUCAAUUUCGCGCUCGGUAAUAUCGAAGGGGUAUGUGAAUUGACUCAGCCGCAGCGGUUUACUUGUCCCGGAGGCCGAGUGUUCUUCUCAGCCUCCGUCAUCUGGGGUCUAAUCGGACCAUCCCGCGUAUUCUCUCCGGGCCAGAUAUACUCAGGGCUCCUUACGUUCUUCGUCGUUGGCGCUGUUGCACCUAUUAUAUUCUGGUUCGCAGCACGCCGAUGGCCAAGGUCAGGCGCCAAAUAUUUGAUGGCGCCCCUGAUCUUCGGUGGCGCGGGUUCGAUCCCGCCGGCAACACCCCUUAACUAUCUAUCUUGGGGCGUCGUUGGCUUCGUAUUCCAGUACGUAAUCAAGAAGACCCAUUUCCGCUGGUGGAGCCGCCUCAACUACCUCACGUCUGCCGGCCUCGAUCUCGGUCUUGCUCUAGGCACGCUAGUCAUAUUCUUCGUUUUUACGCUCAACGAGAUCGAGGCUCCCCGUUGGUGGGGAAAUGAUGUGGUGACGGGUACAAUGGAUUACCAGGGUAAGGCUAUCCAGGUCGUAUUGCCGCCGGGCGAAACUUUUGGGCCGGAGGUAUGGUAA